AUGACAGCCACCGUCUGCGACUUGCCUUCACACAUCGUCGUCUUCACUCCUGUUGGAUGUUCAGUUUUCCAUUUGCCCAAGCGAUGGGUUGCUUUGGGUGCUUUGGUUGCUAUGAGAGGUCCAGACAAUGAUAUUACGUAUCCCGAUCAUGGUGACGCAAACAGCAAUGCGGGAGAUGGAGAAGAAGAGGAAGUAGAGGAGCAGUCUGGUGGAUGA